ACACCAUGACACACUUGAGCUGAUGAUUAACUGAAAGCAAGCAAAGCCAUCCAGAACACAUAGCUGUGAGCUCGGGCUUAGUUUUUCACUAAGUGGAUCAAACAGUAAAUGAUGGGCCUUUUAUUUUUGCUCUGUGUUAUGCAUGUGCUGUGGGGGGCGGAGGCUCAGGAAAGAACGUAUCUCAUCACGGCACCCAAACUGUGGCGAGUUGAUUCUACUGAGACCGUAUUGGUGCAGUUGUUUGGCUACGACCAAGAAACCACAGUGAAUCUUUACAUUAAGGACUCUCUGGCCAAAGAUGCCAAAAUAUUUGCUUCGCAGACUGUGAAGCUCAAUGCCCAGAAUUACUACCAAGCUGCAGCUACUCUACGGAUUUUCCAGGGCAUCCGCAAAGAGGACACUGAAGUCUACCUAGAAGCAAUGUCUGGCAGCUUCUCCACACACAUAAUAAUACCACUCUCUAGAGAGAACGGCUUCCUCUUUAUCCAGACGGACAAGCCUCUGUACACACCCGAACAGAAAGUUGAGGUGCGUGUGUACUCUUUCAGUGAAGAGUUGAGGAGGUCUAAUAGACCCGUCACCCUCACAUUCAUGGACCCUGAUGGUAUCAAGAUUGAAAUGAUUGAGUUGACAGACAUCAAUGGUGUGAAACCACUGCUUCCACCAUUUAAAAUACCCCUGAAACCCAAAUUUGGGGUCUGGAAAAUAGAAGCUGCUUACACUAAGGACUUCAGUACAACUGCUACGGCGGAAUUUGAGGUCAAAGAAUAUGUGUUGCCCAGCAUCUCAGUGCGCAUCCAGCCAGAGGCUAACUUUGUCAGCACUGUGAGCUAUGAGGCCUUCAAAUUGAAGAUAUUGGCCAAAUAUAUCAGUGGAGCAGUAGUUGAUUCAGCAGAGGUUUUCCUAAAGUUUGGAUACAUCAGUAACCAUGAUGUGGUCAUGAUACCCUCAACCUUAAGACGUUACACGAUGUACAAUGGAGAAUUGAAUGUGGUAUUGGACAUUAAACGUGCUCUGUCCAAGAUGGGUUCUGGGCCACAGGACCUGAGCGAAAUGAAGGACCAUUUCCUCCGUGUGCUUGUUUUGCUGCAAGAGUCAACUGGUGGUAUUUCCCAGGAAGCGGUACUGUCCAAUAUAAAGUUUGUUGAUGCUCCAUUUACCUUGAGUCUAAUAGCGACUCCUGCUUUCAUCAAGCCAACCUUGCCAUACAGCAUUAGAGUUUUGGUGAAGGACCCACUAGGUGAACCAAUAAGAGGAGUACCAGUGAAGGCGAGGGGAACUUUAACGAACACUAAUCAAGAACAGGAGCCACUCAGAUUCUUUGGAUACCUGAAUGAAAUCACACAGAGAUCUCAGCAAGAUGGUGUCACAUAUUUCAUUUGCAACAUUCCAAGUAAUGCAGCAAAAGCUGAAUUUACUUUUGAGACUGCUGAUCAGCAGUACCCUCCUGAUAGCCAGGCUCACCUUCAACUCAGAACUGAAGUUUACCAGUCUGUCAAUCAACGCUAUCUGUAUAUUGAUUUACCCUCCGACUUGUCAUCAUUUGAAGUGGACGACUACGCCAAUAUCAAGAUCCACUUUUCUUAUCGUGAUUAUCUCCCACUGAAGACCUUCAGUUAUCAGGUCAUCUCAAAGGGGAAAGUGGUAAAGUUUGCCACAGAGCAGCGUGUAAGUGAGAAGUCCCAGAACAUCAAUUUCAAGAUUACUGCUGACAUGGUGCCAUCUGCCCGCCUGCUGGUCUAUUACAUCCUGUCUGGAGAGCAGAGAGCUGAACUGGUGGCGGACUCCGUCUGGCUCGACAUCAAGGCGAAAUGUGUCAAUGGUUUAGACGUAAACCUGGUAUCCACAGAUAGGGACUACAAACCUAAAGACAUGGUCCAGCUGUCAGUAACGACUAAGAGUGGUAGUCAAAGGCCCCUCGUGGCACUGUCAGCUGUAGACAAGGCUCUGUAUGACCUGCGAGCCAACGACAAAGACCCAAUGACCAAGGUGUUGCGACACAUCGAGCACAGCGACCUGGGCUGCGGAGGAGGAGGAGGCCGAAACAACAUAGAUGUCUUCUACCGCACUGGUCUGACUUUCCUCACCAAUGCAAAUGUCAAGGCCUCCACUGCGGAUGAGGCCUGCACAGCUGUGGUCAGACCAAAGCGCUCCACUAUUCACCCCGAGGAGCUGCUGGAAGAAUUAAAAGUUGCAGAUGAUAUUGAUGAAACUGCACUCCAGAGUAAGCGCUCUACUACACCUCUGAGUGAUCAGUUUGAGGAAAGAGCCAACCAAUAUGGGGUUUAUAAGUUAUGGUGCCUGGCUGGAACUGACAGUAGCCCAACUCUGGAGUCCUGUUUGGAGCGCACCAAGCGAUUAACCACCCAGGACAAAACAUCUAAGAAGGUGUUCUAUGACUGCUGUAACUUCGCCCAAGAGCUUCGGGCAGAAACUUCAGUCAAGAUCAUUCUUUCAGGACGUGAAAGUAAGCCUCAUGAGACUGCAGUCAGGACAAAGCGCUCUACUACACCUCUGAAUGACCAGUUUGAGGAAAAAGCCAACCAAUAUGGGAUUUAUAAGUUAUGGUGCCUGGCUGGAACUGAAAGUAGCCCAACUCUGGAGUCCUGUUUGGAUCGCACCAAGCGAUUAACCACCCAGGACAAAACAUCUAAGAAGGUGUUCUAUGACUGCUGUGGUUUCGCCCAAAAGCUUCGGGCAGAAACUUCAGUCAAGAUCAUUAUUUUAGGACGUGAAAGUAAGCCUCAUGAGACUGCAGUCAGGACAAAGCGCUCUACUACACCUCUGAAUGACCAGUUUGAGGAAAAAGCCAACCAAUAUGGGGUUUAUAAGUUAUGGUGCCUGGCUGGAACUGAAAGUAGCCCAACUCUGGAGUCCUGUUUGGAUCGCACCAAGCGAUUAACCACCCCAGACAGAAAGCGUAAGAAGGUGUUCUAUGACUGCUGUAACUUCGCCCAAGAGCUUCGGGCAAAAGCUGAAGAGAAGAUCACUCUUAGUCGUUCAGAAGUGGAGUUCCUGCUGGAUAUCAAGACAGUGCAGGUUCGCAGCUACUUUCCAGAGAGCUGGUUGUGGGAGGAACAUGAAAUUGACAGGUCUGGAUCACAUGUUCUGACUAAAAGUCUUCCAGAUUCUCUGACUACGUGGGAGAUGAAAGCUGUUGGGGUGUUCAACAAUGGGAUAUGUUUGGCAGAUCCUGUGGAGGUGCGUGUUUCUCAGGCGCAGAGUAUAGAUGUACCUCUGCCCUACUCCAUGGUGCGUGGGGAGCAGAUUGAGCUCAAAGGCUCAGUCUACAAUAAGAAAAACAUAGACACAACGUUCAGAGUAACUCUCUCUGCAUCUGACGGAGUUUGUGUCUUUCAUGGAACUCUGUGGACAGAUGAUGGAGACCCUCAUGUAAACAAAGGCAAGAUUGGGGCCCAUUCUGUGGCACUGGUCCGAUUCUUUAUCAUGGCGUUAGAAGCUGGCACUCAUGAACUCACAUUCACCCUCUCAACCAGGUCAACAGUGGAUACAGUGGUCAAGAAACUGAGAGUAGUGCCAGAGGGUGUUAGAAAGGAAAUCUGGAUUGGAGGUAGACUUGACCCACAAGGUGUCUAUGGAAAAUCUGCAAAUCGCGUUGAGCUCAGAAAUUCCCUUCCUCCUAACCUUGUGCCCAAGUCAACUGUGGAUCGCCUGCUAAUAGUAAAUGGUGAGGUUUUGGGGGAGUUGCUGUCCAUCAUUACUGAUCCAAAGGGGAUAAUGCAGCUGAUUAACCUGCCCAGAGGCUCUGCGGAAGUGGAACUUCUGGGUCUUCUUCCCGUCUUCUAUGUGUAUGAUUACUUGGAGCGGACCGAGCAGUGGGGGCAGCUAGGGACAGCUGUCAGUAGCAUUGGUUUAAAGAGAAAGAUAAAGGAAGGUAUCACCAGCAUCAUGUCAUUUAAGUUAGAGCGGGAGCACGGUUUCAGUUUAUGGAAGAACAAAGAACCCAGCACAUGGUUGACUGCUCUUGUGGUGAGAACUCUGGCUCAAGUGGACAAAUAUGUGACAGUGGAUCACGAUAUACUGUCCAACACAAUUCGCUGGCUGAUCACACAGUGUCAGAAUCCAGAUGGCUCCUUCAGUGAGAAAUCCAGCUACAAGCCAAAAAGACUCAUGGGUGCGGGAGCAGAUGUCACAGAGCGAACGGUCUAUCUCACAUCAUUUGUGGUAAUUGGGAUCAAAAAUGCCUUAACAGUCCCCAAGUCCAAUUUACAGAUAUAUCAAGAUGCACUGGAGAGGGCUGUGCAGUACUUGUCUUUACAAGUGCCAAAACUGAAAAGUUUAUAUGUGAGAGCCAUAGCAGCAUAUGCCAUGACACUUAUCGACCUCAACAGCUGGCACGCAGUAAACCUGUACGAGAAACUUAAGAAAGAAUCUCAAAUUAAAGGAAGCCCAGUUAUUGUUCGCUUCUGGCAAGAAAAAGAUGCCCCUCAGGAUCCACUAAAGCCAAACAAGGCCACAGCAUUGACAGUAGAGACCACUGUCUACAUCCUGCUCAGCACCUUGCUUCGAGGAGACAUAACAUACGCUAAGCCUAUUGUUAACUGGCUGACCCAGGAUCAGCGCUAUGGAGGAGGCUUCUUUUCAACCCAGGAUGCUAUUCUAACACUAGAGGCUGUGACCAAGUACAGAAUCUUAGCUCAAAAAGCCUUUCUGCAAAUGGAGGUCGAUGUGUCCUACAGAAGUAAAGGCACAAUCGGCCAUAUUAGUUUGUCCCAGAGUAAGCCUGUGGGGAAACCUAUAGAGGUGGCCUAUGCUGAUGAUGUCAUACUGAAAACAGCGUUCAGUUCUGGGGUGUCAUUUGCUAAUUUAAGAACAGUGUACUAUGAAACCAUACAGAAAGAUGAAAACUGUCACUUUGACCUAUCCAUAGAUGUUCACCCCCGUGACCCAGCUGCCGAUGAACCUAUGAAGCGGUCACCACGGAUUGUUGCCUGUGCAAAAUAUAAGCCACAUGAAAACGAGGUUGAGCUAGAGGCAGGACACACAGUAAUGGAAAUAAAUCUGCCCACUGGUGUGAGUCCAGUCCUAGAAGAUCUAAAAAGGUUUAGGGAUGGACUUGAGAGUCGUAUCUCUGACUAUGAAAUAAAUGGGAACGUACUUGUUCUCCAGAUGGAUUCAAUACCCUCAGACGAGUUCUACUGUGUGGGCUUCCGAAUUCAAGAGGUGUUUCAAACUGGCAUGAACAGUGCCUCCCUGUUCAAAGUGUACGAGUAUCAUGAUCCAGACAACCAAUGUUCGAAGUUCUACUACACACAGAGCCGCAGACUUCUCCGUCUCUGCAGCGGUACACAAUGCCAGUGCAUGGCAGCGGAAUGCUGUAAGUUCAAAGCCAGCAUUGAUGAUAAGAUUACUGCUAAACAGAAAAAAGAGGACGUGUGCAGAGACAGCAUAAAAUAUGCUUUUAAGGUGAAAAUUACAUCAACUACAGCCGAAGGAGAUUUUCUGACAUACAAUGCAAAUGUGGAGCAAACACUUAAAAAAGGAUCAGAGGACAUUAAAAAAGACUCAGAGAUCGGCUUUGUGAAGAAGGCAACUUGCAGUUCGACAAAUCUGGAGAUUGGAAAGCAGUACCUGAUUAUGGGUGCGGAGAUCAUGCAGCUUCGAGUGAACCGCAGUUACAAGUAUAAGUUUCCUUUGGACUCCCAAGCUUCAGUGGAGUGGUGGCCAACUGACUUUGACUGCCUGGAUAGCCGUUGCAGAGAUUAUGUCAACGUUUUAAAUGACUUUGAAUUUGAUUUCACUUUUGAAGGUUGUAAUGGCACCUAGAUAGCUUCACUCUAUAGAUCUGCUUAAUUCCAUAUUUACUAUAUUAAUGCUGUAAUUUCUGGAAGGAGAUAUGUUUAAAAUAUGUACAUUUUCCUCUUUCUAGCAGAGUGGUUAGGUAUCCCUGAUGUUUUUGAACAGCAUAUGAUAAAAUACUACUACAUCUGAAAUUGUAGUUUACAUAAAAUGUUGCAUAAUAAAAGUCUUGAUUCAUU